AUGCCCAAUGGGCAGUCAUCGUCGGUGGCUGCCGUGCCACUGUUGGGAUUGGUUGAGCUCCGCGUCUGGACUCGGUUUACCCGAGUGGACUGGUUGUUCUCUCCUGUGGCUGGCUCUGCGUCGCUGAUGGAUCACCGUCGUCGUGAGGGGUUCCCAGGUCGUCCGUGGAUCGUGGGUCGUUUCCUCAGCGUCGGUAAUUACUACCGGUCGGUUGAAUUGGGCAGGAGUUGA